AACACACAAGAGAAUUGAAACAAAUAUUACAUUGCAAUGACUGAAAAUUUCAAACUCGUGGAUUGCUUCAUAAAUUCCACUCGUGGUCUAACCCUACGUAGGGAUAACAGAACCUCGAGAGCACCUGAGCGAUUUUGAAAGUGAGAUGAGUAGCCUCAAUGUCCCGCGUGCAAUUAGGUGUCAGAUAUUCAUGACCUAUUUCUGCAAGUGUACAGAAUUGUAUGAAGUAAUAAAAAGAUCAAACUCAAGGAUUGCGGGUGUCUACGCUAAUCAAAUUCUUGGCCUAUCAUUUUCCAUGUCUAAUCUACAUUUAAUAUUUGUAUAUCAACGUGCUAAUCAAAUUCUUAAUGCAUAAUGGCUGCAGCAUCUUCAUUAAAUAGAACUCUCCAGGUCCAACUUACCUUUUUUUCCAUUCUUUAUUCACCAUGUGCGUGUUUCUUUUUUGUGUGUGAAGUCACCGUAUGUAAUAUAAUAAGAGCAAUAUGAUCAACGAUGUAUCAUAAAAUGAAUAAAGACCCUGUCUGGCCUUACAAAUAGCAGAAGAUGUUAGGAAUUAAUCACAGACUGAACACAAGUAAAUUAACUACUAGUCAUUUGAGAAGAUAGCUAAAUCGCUGCAAUGUCUUCACAUCAGGAAGACGUGAAGCUUUUGGGUUUGGGGAGCCCAUUUGUGUGCAGGGUACAAAUUGCUCUGAAGUUUAAGGGAGUUGGAUACAAAUUUCUUGAAGAAAACUUGAGAAAUAAGAGUGAUCUGCUUCUCAAAUACAACCCUGUACACAAGAAGGUUCCGGUGUUUGUUCACAAUGAGAAGCCCAUAGCAGAGUCCCUUGUGAUUCUUGAGUACAUUGAUGAGACCUGGAAAAGCAACCCCAUCUUGCCUUCUGAUCCUUACCAAAGAGCAAUAGCCAGAUUCUGGUCCAAAUUCAUAGAUGACAAGUGUGUGACUGCUAUACGAAAAGCUGCUUUUAGCGAUGAUAAAAAAGAGCGAGAGAAGAGUUUUGAUGAAUCAGUUGAGGCUCUGCAGUUUCUUGAAGAUGAACUCAAAGACAGGUUCUUCGGGGGAGAGGAGUUUGGGUUUGUUGAUAUUGUUGCUGUCUUCGUAGCUUUUUGGAUCCCUAUAGUUCAAGAAGUUACAAGGCUGCAGUUGUUAACCAGUGAAAAGUUUCCCAAGUUGUACCGAUGGAGCCAAGAAUUUCUUAACCAACCAGUUGUCAAAGAAUCUCUUCCUCCUAGGGAUCCAAUUUUGGCCUAUUACAAAGCAAGAUAUGAGAGUCUUACUGCUUCAAAAAUUGAUUGAUAUAAAGUGAGACUUGGAAUUUCAAAGGCAAAUUGUAUGAACUACCCUGUCUUGCAAAGAGUUAUUGCUGAUAAAAAUUAAAUUUCAUGUCAAAAUCAAAUAUGUAAUAAUCUAAGAUUUCUCAACUGAAGUGUGGACGUGGUCUCACAGUACUUAAGAAUGGAUAAAUUGAAGACAAUAAAAAAGACGUGACCCACAACCAUAUAUGUAAUGUAUUAAGGGGUUGGGUGAAGAUGUAAUAUCCAUUUUGAUUGAUAUCUUGAUUGCUUAGUCUAUUGUUGAUUUGGGCCCGU